AUGACAGGACUGGGAUGGCCUCUCGUGCUACAGUAUUAGUGUUGAACGGUUCGUCCGUCAGAGAAAGGAUGUGAGAAGAGGAGGAGACUUGCGGUUUCUGUAGCAAGCAUGUGGCUUUGUUAGAUUCGGUGGAUUUUGGACACCGGCUUUACAUGCAAUGUAUUUGUGAUACAUGGAAUUCGUUUUUCCUAUUUGUGUUUUCUACCGGAUACAUUCUUAUAGCUUGGAAUCGAGUGUUUUCCUGUGCGGCUCCGUUCAUUGGUAAACUAGCGGUUGCAUCAGUCGACUGUCAAUCAAGUCUGGGCUCUCUGCACCUGGUAUUAAUUUAAAUUUGCCGGUGAAUUUUUGUGGACAUUGAGUUUUGGAGCAAUCCUUUUCGUUUAGCCUUUGGUAUUUCAAUAACCGAGAUUUUAUAGUGCAGCCUUAUUGACAAGGUAAGAUUGUAACCGUAACGCAGGCUACUGUACCCCUAGUUAUAUUAAAAGCAGACUGUAUUCCCGGAAAAUUACAACAUUGUAUCUUGACGGCGCAAGGAGGAACUAGCCUACAAGUACACUGCCCUCUCGAUUACUGUAUCAGUGAUUGCCAAAGCGUUGUUUGACAGCUGUCUUUGGGAACGCGUUGGACAAUAGGGCUUGCCUUGGGGAGCCAUCUGCUAUUGUUUUCUCCUGUGGAUAGAUCAAAACAUUAACAAAUCGAACAUGUCGCUCAGCAGAAGUAUUGAAUGGGAACACUUUGAGGAACGGGACAAAACGCACCGUUCAUCACGGGCUAACGGCUCGGGAUCCCAGUCAGGCUCCAGAGGCAACGGUCUCGUGCCCAGCCCGGCGCACAGCGCGCACUGUAGCUUUUACCGAACGCGCACGCUCCAGUCGCUCACCUCCGAGAAGAAAGCCAAAAAAGUGCGAUUCUACCGAAAUGGGGACAAAUACUUUAAGGGUUUGGUGUAUGCCGUGUCCAACGACCGUUUUAGGUCCUUAGACGCCCUGCUUAUGGAGCUUACACGGUCUCUCUCGGACAACGUCAACCUGCCUCAAGGUGUCCGGAGCAUCUACACCGUGGACGGCAGCAAGAAGAUCAGCAGCCUGGACGAGUUAGUGGAGGGGGAGAGCUACGUGUGUGCCUCCAACGAGCCCUACCGCCGAGUGGACUACACCAAGAACGUUAACCCUAACUGGUCAGUGGGCCUCAAGGCCGGCCAGUCCCGCUCCCUGUCCUCCCUCAGCACCCUGGUAAAGGGCGAGCUGCAGCGUAGCGACGCCAGCCUGGGCACCAGAGACUUCAUCAAGCCCAAGCUGGUGACGGUCAUCCGCAGCGGGGUCAAGCCCAGGAAGGCUGUGAGGAUCCUGCUGAAUAAGAAGACGGCCCACUCCUUCGAACAGGUGCUGACCGACAUCACGGACGCCAUCAAGCUGGACUCCGGGGCGGUCAAACGGCUCUACACACUGGAGGGAAAACAGAUCACCUGUCUCCAGGACUUCUUCGGCGAGGACGACGUGUUCAUCGCGUGCGGCCCAGAGAAGUACCGCUACGCCCAGGAUGACUUCCUGUUGGAUCACAGUGGUAAGGCUUCUGUAGCCUUUGUGACUGGGUGCGUGGGACAUGCCAGGUCUCCCUCGGCAAAGAGGUCUUCUGACCUCAAUGGGACUUCCUGGUUAAAUAAAGAAUGCCGGGUGCUCAAGUCCUCAUACUCUGCUCGCUCGCCCACUCCAACGAGGGCUGCUGGGAGCAAGAGCCCUGGACUCUCACGCCGUAUCAAGUCCCCUGGCAUAGUAAGAAGACCAAUCCAUUACUCCACCAGUAGCCAGUCUCCUGUUAAAUCCCCAGUCAAUGGUGUCCCCAGCAGUACGAUCUCCACCCCCAAGUCCACCAAAUCCAACAGCUCCUCCCCCACCAGCCCCCGCAGUAUACACAGCUUCAAGAUUCCGCCACAUCACACGUCUGCCACCAAUGUGAACGGGUCUUCACACGGUCUGGAGCUGGCCAAUAACAUGAGUCCUGAGGUUAACGGCAACAGCUGUAGCUCUAUCACAACCGUCCUGGAUAAGUACAAGGUCGGCAAGGUCAUAGGAGACGGAAACUUUGCAGUGGUGAAAGACUGUGUAGAACGGUCCACUGGGAAGGAGUAUGCACUGAAGAUCAUUGACAAGGCCAAGUGCAGUGGAAAGGAGCACCUGAUAGAGAAUGAGGUGGCAGUGCUGAGGAGAGUCAAACACCCCAACAUUAUCCAGCUGAUAGACGAGGUGGACACACCCACUGAACUCUACCUGGUCAUGGAGCUGGUCAAGGGUGGCGACCUGUUUGAUGCCAUCACGUCCUCCACUAAGUACACAGAGAGAGAUGCCAGUGUCAUGGUGUUUAACCUGGCUGGAGCCCUGAAGUACCUCCACAGCAUGAACAUAGUACACAGAGACAUCAAGCCUGAGAACCUGCUGGUGUGUGAGUACCUUGACGGCACUAAGUCUCUGAAGCUGGGGGACUUUGGUCUGGCCACUGUGGUUGAGGGGCCCCUGCACACCGUGUGUGGAACCCCCACCUACGUGGCCCCUGAGAUCAUCGCUGAGGCUGGUUAUGGUCUGAAGGUGGAUAUCUGGGCAACUGGGGUCAUCACUUACAUCCUGCUGUGCGGCUUCCCUCCCUUCCGCAGUGAGGACAACCUUCAAGAGGACCUGUUUGACCAGAUCCUGGUGGGACGACUGGACUUCCCUGCUCCCUACUGGGACAACGUCACGGACUCAGCCAAGGAGCUGAUUGGGCGGAUGCUGCAGGUGAACGUGGAGGCUCGCUACACGGCACAGGACAUCCUCUCUCAUCCCUGGGUCACGGAUGACAACAUGGAGAACAACAUGAAGAUGGAGGUGUCAGGUAAACUGAGGACACACUUCAACACAGCACCAAAGCCCAGCACAACCACAGCAGGAGUGUCAGUCAUCAUGAACACAGCUCUAGAUAAGAAGAGGAUCCAGCUGACUCGUCGCAGCCAGAGGCCCACAGCACCACCUCCGCCCCCACCACCACCUGGGAAGAUAGUAGUCCCUCCUGCAGCCAUGCCAGUCAAGCAAGCCUCACCAGUCUCACCCAACACCAAGCUGCCAGUACCCACCAAGCUGGCAUCACCCACCAAGCCUGCCCUGCCAGAGGAGGAGCCCAAGAGUCCUCAGACUGAUGUGCCUGUCCCUGUAUCCCCUCCCAUCUCUCCUUCAACACCUACCAGACCUGUUACCUCUCCCUCUGUCCCUGUCUCUCCUUCCUCUCCUACCAAGCCUAACAUCUCUAUCUAUCCUGCCUCCCCUACCAGGCCCAACAACUCUCCCUCUCCUUCCUCUCCUACUAAAAAUAUCUCACCCUCUCCCUCUUCACCUACCAAACCUGUUAUCUCUCCCUCCUCACCUACCAAACCUGUUAUCUCUCCCUCUUCACCUGCCAAACCUGUUAUCUCUCCCUCCUCACCUACCAAACCUGUUAUCUCUCCCUCUUCACCUACCAAACCUGUUAUCUCUCCCUCUUCACCUUCCAAACCUGUUAUCUCUCCCUCUCCUUCCUCACCUACCAAACCUGUUAUCUCUCCCUCUCCUUCCUCACCUGCCAAACCUGUCAUCUCUCCCUCUCCUUCCUCACCUACCAAACCUGUUAUCUCUUCCUCUCCUUCCUCUCCAUCCUCACCUACCAAACCUGUUAUCGCUCCCUCUUCACCUACCAAACCUGUUAUCUCUUCCUCUCCUUCCUCUCCCUCCUCACCUACCAAACCUGUUAUCGCUCCCUCUUCACCUACCAAACCUGUCAUCUCUCCCUCUCCUUCCUCUCCCUCUUCACCUACCAAACUCCACAUGUCCCCUUCUCUUUCCUCUCCAACCAAGCUCCAUGUCUGUGCCUUCCCUGGGGCCUCUCAUAUGCCAGUUACUUGCCCCUCUGCCUCAUCACCUUCCAAACGCAAAGCCUCCCCCUCUCCUCCUGCCCCUCUCUCUCCCUCCGACCCUCCCUCUCUUUUUACAUGCCCCUCUCCCUCCGACCCUCUGUCUGCCUUUCCCAGCACUUCCUCACCCCUGACCUGCUCCUCUCCCUCUUCUCCCACCCCUCCGGCACCCGUUACCUGCUCCCCCCCAACCGUGCCCCCACCCCUGGUGGGCCUUGACGUUGAAGCUGCUGCUACUGCCAGAGAGCUGUGAGAAAGAAUGACUGGCUGCUGGACCAUGGUCUAAUUUGUACCUUUCAAGCUCCCUUACCUCCACGCGCCGUAUCCCCAGACCUAUGAUUCGCAUGUAGGGGGCUAGAUACAGAUAGAACCUCCACCCCCAGUAACAGUAUAACAGCUGAUAUCCACUGCUGUAUCUUUCCUAGGCUCCCAAGCAGCAAAUGGCAAAAAAAAUAAUAAAAAUAAAUAAAUAUGGCUCCUACAACCUACAGUACAAUCUCUGUAGAGAACCCAUCAUAUCCACGCUCCAAGAGGGAAGUUGAGGUGUUUUGUACAUUUUGGUUGAUUUGUAUAUAUGGUAUGUGUGUAUUUAUAUAUGAGCGAUAUGGAGAAAACAGAGCGAGGCCUGGCUAGUUGGUGUGUGGUUUCAGAUGGGGUUUUCUGGAAUUACUUCUGAUCAUGUUUUAUUUAUUGUCUGUGGUUGUUUAGUAGACACGCACGCACACAUUGAUUAUGGGUAGAAGUGUAUUAUUUGGCGUGCUUGCCAUCUGUUUUAAGAUAAACUACUACUGUAGAUGUAUAUAGUAUUGUAUGACAGACACGAGGCAUCCGAAUGAAAGUUGAAGGUUUGAGUUUGUUUUCUUUUCUUGCCUGUAAAGCCUGUUUAUCAUUGGUCCGCUAUGGAGCCUGUAGUGUUUAACUGCUGAACACCAAAAGAGAGACGCAACAGAGUAGAAGGUGAACGUGUCAAUGAGGAGAGGUGUGCCUGUGAAAAUAGCUGCCAGAUCAGGGGUGUGUUCAGGGCGGCAGGUAGCCUAGCGUUUUAAGAGUGUUUGGCCAGUAACCGAAAUGUCACUGGUUCAAAUCCCCAAGCCAACUAGGUGACAAAUCUGUCGAUGUGCCCUUGAGCAAGUCACUUAACCCUAAUUGCUCCUGUAAGUCGCUCUGGAUAAGAGCAUCUGCUAAAUUAAUAAAAUGUAAAUGUUCAUCGGGCACAAAAUGGAAGAAAACAGACAAACAGGAAGGGACUUCCUGGACAUGUCCUGUAAGAAACACUCAUUUUCGCCCUCCGUUGCAAAACGUUUUUCAGUGUGUGCCCUAAUGAACCUGACCCAGUAGUUAGAUUCCUUUUCUGAAACCAGCUGACAGGAAACACUGGGAGCGCUAUCCCCUCAUAUACUCAUUUAUCAGUCCAGAUUUACUGGAUAAUAACGUGAGGCUGUUCCACUUUGCUGUUGUCUUUGUCUGUAAUGGUAAUGCACUUGUUUUAAAGUCCAUGGUUAAGUCCCAAAUCGCACCCUAUUCCCUAUAUAGUGCACUACUUUUGAGCAGGGCCCAUAGGGUCAAAAGUAGUACACUAUGUAGGGGAAUAGGAUACCAUUUGGGAUGCAGCCCCCGUAUCUCCUUACCUAGCCUACUGCAUGCAGUUGGUCAGGGUUUAACCCUUCGGAUAUUGAUAAUGGCUCCGAUGCACAGCACUACUACUCCAAGGGGCUUUAGUUGCAUGCCGUGUUCCUCCCUCUGCCUCCCCACAAAACAGGUCUCUCUCACACACACACACACACACACACACACACACACACACGUCAAGCUGGUACUAUUGUACGUAUAGUAGCUGUUGUGUAAUGUUUAGUCAAACUACACUGUCAUCAUCAUAAUGCUUUUUUUAUUGCAGUUUUAGUCUGGAUACAUGUAUGAAAAUUACAUUUCAAACAGGAAAAACACUCCUGUCAGCUUUGGCCAGCAGUUUUAGUUUGUGCAGACAUUUAGCCACUAUGUGACUCCUUUAUCAUUUUGUAUUAGGAGCACAUCGGAGAACUUCAAACGCAAUAAAAAGUAUUCAAAUCA